UUCGAGUGUUACAUCUGCUUGAAAUUUCUUUCACGAAACGUCUGGCUGUGAGGAAUUGUACUUGUACAUUCAUAGUUUCUACAUUUCAUUCUGCUGUCAUUGCAAAUCCGUUUACCCGAUUUUCAACGAAAAUGCUUCUCUACCAAAGAGCCCUUAUUUUUGGAUGCAUCGUGGCUGUCAUGCUUUCUGCUGUCUUAGCCAACCCAGUAGCAAAACCUCAGCAAGAACCGAAGAGCGCCGUGCAUGCUCCAGGAAACUGUAGUUCAAUCAUGAACGAGACAAUAUAUUUGGAAAAGGAAAAGAAUUGUAUCGAGUGUAACAAGGUGUUUAAAACAGAGGAGUUACUGAACCUAUGCUACUCCGACUGCUUCACCUCAUCUUACUAUAAAGGAUGCCAAGAAAUUUUGAAUCCGACUAGUCGGAAAUUGCCGUCCAACCAAACCGUUCAUUCCGAACAUUCCGUCCAACCGACUGUCUAAUUAAAAAUAACCUUAAACUUGCCAUUCGGAAAACCAGACCCGAAUAAUUAAUAUUUCAUGCGUUGUAUAAAAAAAUUAAGCGUUUAAAAAUACAUCAAUUUUUUGUUUACGUCAA